GAAAACUAGAAAGCCCCUCUCUCUCUCUCCCCUCUUUCGUUAUCUCGUCUCUUUCUCUCUCAAUCUCCCCCAACUUGAAAACCCUAGGCCAUGGCAGCAGCCACAAUCAGUCUCCGCAAAGGCAACACUCGCCUCCCACCCGAGGUCAACCGAGCCCUCUUCGUCCGUAACUUACCUUUCAACAUCACCAGCGAAGAGAUGUACGAUAUUUUCGGCAAGUACGGCGCUAUUCGCCAGAUUCGUCUCGGUAACAGCAAGGAGACACGUGGCACCGCCUACGUUGUUUACGAAGACAUUUACGACGCCAAGACUGCUGUUGAUCAUCUCUCUGGGUUCAACGUUGCCAAUAGGUAUUUGAUUGUGUUGUAUUAUCAGCAGGCGAAGAUGAGUAAGAAGUUUGAUCAUAAGAAAAAGGAGGAUGAGAUUACUAGGUUGCAGGAGAAGUACGGUGUUUCGACGAAGGAUUAGCUUUUUUCGGGGUUUUAAGUGUAUGUUUGUAUUCGUAUGUUAGACAUUAUGAUAAUGUUAUGAAUUGUGUUUUAAUGAAUUGGGCGUGGUUUUAGGCAAUGUGAUUAUAUACUGUGUUUGAUAUUGAUAA